AGUUGUACGUGAGGCCACAGAAGUAAACGUCGACAUGCGCAUUGGAAUCCAUACUGGUAACGUUUUGUGUGGUGUAUUAGGCUUACGCAAGUGGCAAUAUGACGUAUGGUCUGAUGACGUCACACUAGCCAAUCACAUGGAAUCUUCAGGAGUUCCAGGUCGAGUGCAUAUUACCAUGGCAACGCUUCAGCAACUGGACAACAGAUUCGAGGUUGAACCACGCCAAGGACUUCUUCACGACCCAUUUCGUCUUAAUCAUCAGGUGGAAACAUUCCUUAUAAUUCCUCCUAAGGAAGGCGUGACCGAUACUAAAAGAACAACAAAAAGAUCCGACUCUUCUACUAGAUGUCGCACUUCUUCUAAAAUGAGUAAGCACGUGGAAUGUUGGGGAGCCGACAAGCCUUUUGCAAAUAUAUCAGAGGUCACGCUUGCUAAAAACAUUGGCUUAACGAGUCUAGCCUUGAUUGAAGGCAACAUUCUACCGGGAGGUGGAGUUCUGAUUGGUUGUCGGUGA